UCCAUACGAGACCUCAUCCCUCCUCUCUGGCACACACAGAUCACUGCUGAUCACGCUGAAAAAGGAGACCAAAUGAUAGGCCUAUAGCAACAUUAAAAAACAAGAAAAGUAAAGGAAUUUCUGAGUACACGUAUCCCAGGACCUCAGCUGUCAUCAUGAGUAUUAAACAAGCCUGCAUCUUCCUCAGAGGAGGACAAAGAAGACAAACAAGAGCGCUCACAAAUGAUGAAAUAGACGAGUUACGUGAGGCUUUUGUAGAGUUUGACAAAGACAAGGAUGGAUUCAUUACCUGUAAAGAUUUGGGGAAUCUGAUGAGGACGAUGGGCUACAUGCCGACUGAGAUGGAGCUGAUAGAACUGAGCCAAAACAUCAACAUGAACUUGGGGGGACGGGUGGACUUUGAGGAUUUUGUAGAACUAAUGACCCCCAAGCUUCUCGCUGAAACUGCAGGGAUGAUUGGCUUAAAGGAACUAAAAGAUGCUUUUAAAGAGUUUGAUAUUGAUGGCGAUGGUUCUAUUACAUCUGAAGAGCUGAGACAUGCCAUGGUUAAGUUAUUAGGUGAGCAUGCCAGUAAACAUGAAAUCGAUGCUGUGGUUCGAGAAGCCGACAACAACGGAGAUGGAACAGUUGACUUUGAAGAGUUUGUGAAAAUGAUGUCACAAAAAUGAGGACAACAGAACAUACGGAUGCAAACAGAGAGGAUGCAUUUUUUUCAAUAUGACUUUAUAUGAAUCAUUUCCUUUUUACCUUUCAUUGUAUUGAUAUUUGACUCAUUUACAUUCAUGCAAAGCUGUAUGUUUUUUUAAAGUGUCUAGACAGCUUGAGACAAUGAUAGCAUCAAUUUUUGGAAUGUUUUGAUGAUUAUCAUGAAGCCCUGAAUUGCCCAGAUGUGUCCCGCUGAGCAAAGACUGUGCACCUAAUUGUCAGCUGGUGAAAAACACUUGUGUCACUGUUGUUUCUGUAACACAAACUAAAUCUACAUUGUGGGAAUAUUGUGAAAAUGUGAUGCUUCUAACAAUGUGCAUCCUGUUGAUAAUCAGUCAAUUUUAUGAGGGUGUAUUGUGUGUGGAUGGCGGUAUCAGCCCUUCUUUGUGAGCUGCAUUACCGCACUACAUUUAUAAACGUGUGUGUGUGCAUAAAAGGACAUUAUCAUCAUAUAACGGUCGAUACUGUUGAGAGCUGACCUACUGAAAGCAACGGCUGACUUUGCCGGAGGCCCUGCAGUGCAACUGUAGCCUUGAUCCCGGAAAAGAAUAAAUAAAUAACUUUUGUCUGUAGUGACACCCGGAGCACAAAAUGUCAACAGGACUGUUUGUCCUCUGCUGCCAUUUCAUCACCUUUCAUGCGUCUGUCUCUUCAAGGUGUAAAGGGUGCUCACCAUCUGCUUUAUCUUUCACUGGUGUGGUCAAAAAUAUCAUGUCUUGGUGUCAAACAUUUGGUAAGAGUGAUAUUUUAAACAGCAAUCAGAUCACAUGUCCUGUUUAUCUAAAUUUGCCUUUAAAAUACCUUGCAUAUUCAUCAAGGCGCUGGUAUUUCUCAUGGGAUGGGAGAUAGCAGCAGAUCGGACAGAUGCACUUUCCACUAAAUCUAAUCCGUAUUGUACUGGUGCAUACGUUUGUAAAGAUGAAUCCUUGUGAAUAUAUCACGCAAUAUUUAAGGUAUGACUGAUAUUAUUUGAGAAAAGCAGAUUGCCAAAAACAAAUAAAUAACAACAGCUUUAUUUCCCCA